GAUGAAACCUGGAAGACCGGUCCUCUAAUCUUGCCUCAGGAUCCAUACGAGAGAGCCAGAGUUCGUUUCUGGGCCAAUUUCAUUGAUCAGCAUCUCAUACCUAGCACAGCUAAGGUCUGGUCAACCACUGGGGAAGAACAACAGAAGGCUCAAGAGGAAAUUUUGGAAAAGUUGAGAAUUCUUGAAGAGGGGUUGAAGACCACAAAUCAUGAAAAUGAUAAUUUGGGACUCCUACAAAUCUUGUUGGUUACUCUAUUUGGUUCAUAUAAAGCAUAUGAAGAGGUGCUUGGUGUGAAGAUUUUGGUUCCAGAAAACACCCCACUACUUUAUUCAUGUGUGACAAGUUUAAACAAGUUGCCACUGGCGAAGGAAAUUUGUCCUCCUCAUGAUAAGCUGGUUGCGUUACUCAACGUUUAUAGACAAAAGUUAUUAAAAUCCAACACCAACUGAGCGCUUCUGCUUUUGUGAGUUUGCGAAUAUGUUACGUUAGUAUCUCGUCACUCGACUUUGGGACUUUAUCUAAUAAAGUCAUUGAACUUUGUUUUGUAUCUUAGGCAAAUUGUAUCAAUGUGUAUUAUUUGUUGAUUCUGCCUAUAAUAAAAUGUAUGACCACGUUUGAGAUCUAAUAAUAUCGUUUGCGAAACAUCAUAUAAA